AGGAGGAAUGUGAAACAUUUCUGAUCUCGCUCCAGUGACUGUUUACACGGCGGUCAGCUCUGUGACAUCACAGCUGAGACUUUAUAAAUGACAGCCAUGCAAAGGAAUGAGUAGUUAGCCAACAGCAAGCAGCACUGGUAGCUAGCUAGCAACAACUUCAUCACUUAGAGGUUAGACAGACAGACACAACAGAGCAGUCCAAUCAACCUACAGUCGUUUCAAUGGAAAUUUCAAGACAACUCAGUGACAAUGUGAUAGCCUUGGCUUUACUGCUCUGUAUGGGUGCACUGCAGGUGUGGUGUCAGCUAUGCCUGGGACCAUGCCAGUGCCCCAGCCCCGUGCCCCUGUGCCCAGAUGGAGUCCCUCUGGUCCUGGACGGCUGCCAGUGCUGCCAGGUGUGUGCCCGGCAGCAGGGUGAGGCCUGCAGUGAUCUGUAUGUGUGUGACAGCCAGCGAGGACUGCAGUGUGACUACAGCACUAGCUUCCCCGGCGACCCUGGAGCGUGUUCCAGUCAGGAGGAGUUGGGCUGUGAGAUGAAUGGGGUUUCUUACCUGGAUGGCCAGGUGUUCCAGCCCUCCUGUGCCACCCAGUGCCGCUGCCUGGGGGGAGGUGUGACCUGCGUGCCCCUGUGCCCUGAGGACAUCCGUCUGCCCAGCCCAGACUGUCCACACCCCCAGCGGGUACAGCUGCCUGGGAAGUGCUGCAAGGAGUGGGUGUGUGAGAACACGGACAAUACCAUCCUUCAGGAUGCCAUCACAGCCUCCAGAUCAGACAGGUUGUGGCCAGGCAUGUCUGGUCCCCAGCAAAACCCAGCCUUUAACUGUAUAGACCAGAGUACAGAGUGGAGUGUCUGCUCCCGGACUUGUGACGCCGGGGUCUCCACUCGGGUCUCCAACAAGAACCCAGCCUGCCUGCUCGAGAUGCAGAGCCGUCUUUGUAAGGUCUGGCCCUGUCAGGCACUCCAGCCACGCAGAAGCCCCAUGUCGGGCCGGCGCUGCGAGCCAAGCUACAGGUCAGUGGUGCCAGUGAGACUGGUGCACCAGGGCUGCUACAGCACACGAGUCUACCGGCCCCGGUACUGUGGCCAGUGUACCGACGCCCGCUGCUGCACCCCCUACCGGACCAGCACGGCCACCGUGGCAUUCCGGUGCCCCACAGGCAGGCUCCUACACCGGGCAGUCAUGAUGAUCCAGUCCUGUGUCUGUCACUACAACUGCCCCUACUCAGCUUCAGGCCCCUAUGCAGCUGUACCCUACUCAGCUUCAGGCCCCUAUGCAGCUGUACCCUACACAGGCCCUUCACGCUCAUACAGGAGCCCUGCCAUUUGGGGCUAGACUUGCAUUUCGAUUCAAUCCUCUAGACCCCUUGAGAACCUAGAGUGUCCACCGUGGCUCUCCACCUCAAUAUUGUCCGCAUAGGGCUUUUGCCCAGGAGAUCUCCACUUUACUAUUGUAGAGAUCUAGAGCCCUAUCCUUCCCCCCUUCAUGCACUGACACUCCCAUACUGAGACAUGGGAGCAACACUUAUUCUGUGUCCCAAUGUCCAUACUGGUACAUUACUUGCCAAAUACAUUGCUGAAUACAUGCCAAUUACAUUGCUUCCUUUUAAGUGGUAUACAAGUAUGGAUAUUGGAACAGAGCCUCUCUCUAUCACGGCUGGAUCCAGCAGGUGUAACCUAUACUUCUUAGGAUAGAUAGGGGAAGUGAAAUGGUCUUCUGGGUAAUAAACUGGGACUGAGUUGGGGGAUAAAGCCCUGACAUGACUGGACAAGCUCAGUCUGCACUAAGACCUCUACUCUAUUCCAUUUUAUCACCUGUCAUAGGGUGACCUCAUGAGGAGAAGAAUAGGUCAAUAAACCCUAAUUAGCUAGGCUGGUCCCAGGUCUGUUUGUGUUUUUCUCUACUACAUGGUCAUUGUCAAGCCAAAAAUGUAACAUGACGUUUCCAUAAGGAGUUGGCAAGUGAGCAGAAACAGACCGAUAGAGCUACUGUUUAAGCAUAUGGAAGUGAACUACUGUAACACAACACGUCUUGUUUGCUGAUUGACCAACUGUAGUAUCAUAUGACUAGACUAGACGACACCUGACCAGAGUCAUUUGUUGCCUUUCUUGACUCAUCUUAGGUCCUGGUGUUUCUCCUGGACUCGUGCCCUGACUUAGUUAAGUGAAUAAGUGUUGUUACUUACAUUUUCGUGAAUUUAUUUUACAGAAUGGCACCAACUUUUGAGUCGAUAUAUACUGUACUUGACAUGCAAAUUCCAUCUGUUAUAUCAGUUUGUUUGUUUAUAAAUGUGUCUAUUUUGUGUUCUUUGUCAGAUGAAAUUGUACUUUUAUUUUCUAUGUUGCUGUAAAUAUAAACCAUUCUUAUGCUUUUUGAAACGUACAAUUGUAUCGCUGAUUGUAUGCAUUGUCCAAACAGUUUUCCAUUCACAAUGCCUUUUGUGUAAAGCUUGAGCUCAUUUGUACAUUGCGUAUUAUUCAAUAAUUAUAUUGCUAUAUUGA